ACCGUCCGCCUCGCCGGCGGCAGCUCUACCUCCGGUCGUUUGGAGGUCUGCUCCAACGCAGGACUGUGGGGAACGGUCUGCGACAGCGGCUGGAGUGAUGUAGACGCGUCGGUGGCGUGCCGUCAGCUGGGCUUCGCCAGGGGCGUGGCGGCGGCGCCCAACAGCUUCCCGUCGGGCGCUGCAGACCAGCUCGUACUGCUGUCAGACGUGGCAUGUACAGGUUCUGAAACCUUGUUGUCUUCAUGCAAUAGUCGGAAUGCGUCAGCAAUCCAAGGCUGCAACCGCCACGAGCGAGACGCGGGCGUAGUGUGCUCGAACUCG